UGACAAGUGACACGGGUAUGCCAGCUCCACAGCUGGAAUGCUUUGGCUUUACAGCUCUGUGCUGCCACCAGCCAGAAACAGAGCACCACAGAGGGGAAAUCCUCCUGCAGUUCCCUGUGCAGGUCGGAGAGGUAAAUCCGGAUUCUCUCCCGCCCGGUGCCGAUGCUCUCUGUCUCUCCCAGGUAAAUCCGGAUUCUCCACCCGGUGCCGAUGCUCUCCGUCUCCCCCAGGAGACAUGAGAAGAUGAGCAGCUGGUAAUGAAGAGAUUUUUAAAUGACCCUUCUUUGCCUGUCUCCUGUGUGAAAGAGCAGAGGAAGAGCUGUUGUUAAAGUGACCAAAGGCUGGGAGAGGAAGAUGGACUGGACCCCUGGAAUGCAGAACUUACAGACCACAAGGACACUUUGCAGAAAGCAGAGGCAAAGAAGAUGCUAAAAGAGACUCACUGCAUCUUGGAAUUUGGAGGAAAGAGGCACAAAUGGAAGAAAAAUGACUAAUCAGGAGUCUAUUGAUGGCCCCACAAUUCACAAUCAUUCCAGCUGCAUUGCCUGGAGCUGCACUGCUGCCUUCAGUGCUGGGAAAGAAGCCUGGAGGAGGCAGGAUGGGGUAGAGCUGGAGACUUUUCCUUGGAUGUUUACUGUUAAAAUACCCCCUAGAAAGGAAGAUCUGAGGAGUCAGCAGGAGUGAAAAUCCCCUGUGGAGCCCGUGGGCACAUCCCUCUCUGGCCAUCAGGGCUGCUCUCCUUCUCUGAGAAGGACCUUUGGAAGAGCAAGGAGAAACUCAGGGAGUCCUUUCCAGACAGUGUUGGAUCCUGUGUGAUGAUUUAUCCACAGAAACACUUCUUUGCCCCCCUGCUCCUAACGGGAAAUUUCUGCAGACAGAAAAUCCUUAAAUGUGAAAAGGCCAGGGGCUGGUGCAGGCUGAACAGAGGGAGAUGGAGAUCAAAUACAAAACCAGGGUGUAACAAGAUAAGAGAGGCAGCACGGCCUCAGCACAAGAUAUUGAGGAACCUGCUCACCCAGGACAUUUCCUCACUCGGUUUUCCUGCAGUGCUGCACCCAGACACCCAGCAGGGACUGCUGCAGAAAACCCAGAAGGACAAACCAGGGCUCCAAGGGCCAGAAGCAGCAGGAGAGGCCCCCUGCCUCCCCCUUUUCCAUGUUUUCCAGCUGCAGAGGAGGGGUCUGGCUCUCUCAGCUCCUGGGGCUUCCCACUGCACUCCCAGCAUGGGCAAAUUCCUGAUUUCUGCAGAGGAAAACAGUUUGUUGGGUGCCCUAAACCCCAUGCUGAGGAGCUGAAUGUGCAAUCCUUUGGGGAUCUCUGGAACCCUGCCUGUUCCACAGCUCCAUCUGCAGCAAAAGGAAUGUCUAGAGCCCAUUCAGGUCAAGCUCGUUCACAACCUCCUGCCAGAGGCAGCAAACUCGUGGCUUACAGCAUUUCUCCUCCAGCACUGCACACACAAGCACUGGGUGCUGGCCACAGGACUCUUGUGCAGGUUCCAAGAGGUGGAGUGAGCAGCAGCACAUCAGCCUCUCCACCAGCUGUGAGCUGUCACCAAAGCCUUGUCCCAAUACUGCCACAGUCAUGCUUAGUGUGAGUUUUCUGAAUUCUGCGGUAAGUGUGCACACUUGGCUCUGUGAAAUUCAGACAAUUCCAAGUGCCAGCAGUUUACAUUAAAUGAUUAAGGCCCCUGAGAGUGCCAUCUGUGGUUUUGCACUACAGGAUUAAUGUAGUGAUCACAAAAUGGCACUUAGCAUCUAAAUAUAAAAGCCACACAAAAAUAUGUGCAAGAGCAUACUUCAAACAUACUUCUGCUGAGAACAAAAAUUGCCUUGCUGCAUCUUCUGUCUGUGCCUCACACAUCUGUGGAUGCCAGCAGAUCAAGUCAGGCAGAAACCUCGGGGUGGGAGAGGAGCCUGGGUGGGUGCAGCAGCACGUCCUGGCUGCCCGAGGCAGGGCAGCCUGUGCCAGGGUGUCUGCCCAGGCUUGCAGGGACCUGGGCUGCAGCUCUGGGGAGGGACUCUGUGCCUGCACCCCCUCUGCACCCCAGAGCACCCCCAUGGCACUGAGACCCCUCUGCUGUGGCACACAAGGACAUUUUCCUUCUGGCUCUCCCGGAGGAGUGUCCCCUGACUGUGGUGCCUCUGCUCCUGCAGUCACAAGCAGCAGCUGUGAAGCUCAGCCUCCUCUUGGCUUUGUUGCCCUGGUGAAUUUUGGAGCUGGAAGAGCGAAGCUUUGAUGUUGGCUGGAAUACUUGACUUUCCUGUACCUGUCUAAGAUCAUGAUUAGUCUUUUGUGCUGGAUCAGAAGGAGAAAUCUCCAUUAAAGGGCUGCACCAAGUACCUGUUGGCUUGAUGGAAAGGCAAAUAACAAUCAGCUGUUUUCCCAGCACUUAGGAAACGAGCCCCACUCGAGCCUCAAGUGGAGCUUUUGUUGUAAGAACAAGUGUAAUGAGCCAUUUUAAACAAUAUUUCAGCAGCAGGAAGUUCAGGCCUUCUGUACUGCAUUUCAACAGAGCUGCAAUCUUGCAGUUAAGAAAUUGUUAGCCCUGCAAUUAGGCACCUUUAAUUGAAUCCCUGCCACUUGCUUAAUUACAGCAGCCCUUCAGGCACCUGUGAGAAGCAGUGAAAUCAGCCCUGCCCCACCUCUCCCAGGCUGCCAUUGGCUGCAAACCUGCCCGGCUUGAUGGGCUGCACUCAGGGGGAUUUCAAAGCCAAUAAAUAGCAGGGCCUUGGAGCACUCAGGGAUGGAUUUCCACCUGUGGGGCUCCGGGCUGGAGCCAGCCUCUCCCCAGGAACCCGAGCUGCUGCACCAGGGAGCCGCUGGAGAAGACAUUGCUGUCCUGCAGCUUCCACUGGAGCUUUCCAGAGUCCAUGGCUUGUGUGAGUAGGUGACUUUGGGGGCAGCAGGAGCCUCUGGGGCAGCAGGAGCCUCUGGGGCAGCAUGGCAUGCUGCGUGCUGCAGAUCACCGGGCUGGUUUUCGGCGGCGUGGGCAUGCUGGGCACGCUGGCGGCCACGGCCAUGCCCCAGUGGAGGGUGUCUGCCUACGUGGAGGCCAACAUGGUGGUGUUUGAGAGCAUCUGGGAGGGGCUCUGGAUGGACUGCAUCAGCCAGCUGGGCCUCAGGCUGCAGUGCAAGCUCUACGACUCGGUGCUGGCGCUGCCGCCGCCGCUGGAGGCCCUGCGCGCCCUGAUGUGCCUGGCCGUGCUGCUGGCCAUCGUGGCCUUCCUCGUGGCCAUCGUGGGGGUCAAGUACAGCCAGCCCAGCAAGGAGGGGCCCCAGGUCAGCCCCUUCAUCCUGGCAGCGGGGGUGGCCUUCCUGCUGACGGGCAGCCUGGUGCUGGUGCCCGUGUCCUGGACCGGGGGCGGCAUCGUCCGCGACUUCUACGACCCCGCGGUGCCCGCGCCCCUCAAACGGGAGCUGGGGGCUGCCCUCUACGUGGGCUGGGCCAGCAGUGCCCUGCUGCUGGCUGCAGGAGCCAUGUACUGCCACGUCUGGAGCCGGGCUGGCACGGCUGCCAGGCCCAGCCACCCCUGGGCAGCGCUGCCCCGGGCGGGAGUGCCAGCCCUGGGCGUCCAUGCCUACGUGUAGCUGCUGCCCACGGAGAGCUCUGGGGGCACAGCGCCCUGAGGAUCAUCCACCCCAGCCCCUGCCACGGCAGGGACACCUUCCACCAUCCCAGGGGGCUCCAAGCCCCGUCCAGCCUGGCUUUGGACACUGCCAGGGAUCCAGGGGCAGCCUGCGAGCUUCCCACCUGACACUGACUUCUUAAUUUGGCUCCAGGAGGAGCGAUGCUGUUGCCCUGCUGUUUGCUGCUGGCUUGGAUCUCUGCUCCCUGAUGGCUGGCAGGAGCUGCUCUCACACAGGUGUGUGGUCAGAGCCCAGUCUCCAUCUCUUUGGGAAUGAGGAAUGGCGUGGGACAGCAGCAGCCUGUGCUGGGCUGGAGGGAAGGAGCUGCUGUGCAGGACCCAGUGCCCUGCCCAGACCUCUGAGGGGCAGAGGGAGCAGGGCACUCCCCUGGGGAGUGGAGUGUCCCUAAGGAGUGCCCUGGGAGAAGCCUGGAGCUGUCAGCACGACUCAGUGAGCAGAGAAGUUUGUGCUACCCCAGCAGAGGCCUCUGGGACUGUCCAUGGAUCUCUCUGAUGCUCGUGGAGCUGGUGUAUCCUCCUCAUCUCCUCUGCAGAGCUCGGCACAAACCCUGAGGAAGCCCUGUGCUCAUGCAAAGUGCAAUGACCCAGCCAGGGAAUGCACAGGCAGUCCCCACCUGCCCCUCAGAGCACAGAGCCGCUGCCCACGGCUCCCAGCACGCCCAGAAAGCCAAGCCCUGACCUUGCCAGGCUGCCUUGGGAAUGCAGCCUGGUCCUGUCUGUCUGUCCUGCAGGAUCCAACAGCAUUUGCAUGGUUUGGAAUCCCAGCAUUCCCAGCUGAAAGCCUUGGGGCCUGCAUGUGACUUCCAGGGUCAGUGGCCAAGGAAGGGCCAGCUCAGCAGGGUGCUCCUGGUUCUUCACACAGCAGGGAUAGAGGGGAUGGAUGGAUGGAUGGAUGGAUGGAUGGAUGGAUGGAUGGAUGGAUGGAUGGAUGGAUGGAUGGAUGGAUGAGGGAUGGAUGGAUG